GUUGUUUUCAAUAUAUCCCCGCCUCUCGAUAUAUAUUGUAUACGACGUAGGAGUAUCAAAAACGUUCUUUAUCCACAACAAGAAGUCCGAGGGAGAAUUUGAGCGAAAUGACUGGGGGCCAAAAGGUCAGGGAGCGAAACAACCGCAAUUCACUGCAACAAUAUGGCUUCCAAUGUCAUUCGUUUCGGUCAGCAUCUCAAAGAACUGCGAAUUCACCUCUGUCAGAAGUCUGCAACCAGCAAGGGAGUCAGGGACUUCAUUGAGAGUCAUUAUGUGAAUGUGAAGAAAGCCAAUCCUACCUUCCCCAUCCUCGUCCGGGAAUGCAGUGGAGUUGAACCAAAGAUGGCUGCUAGAUAUGACUUUGGUGUUGAAAAGACGACUACGUUAUCCAAUCUAAAAGCAGAGGAAAUCAUGAAAACAAUGGAGGCAUUGGCUGCAAAGAGUUAAUACGGACAUUUCUUAGACUAUUGACGACUGUAACAUGUAGAUAUUGAAAGGGAAAAAUGCUUUGUAAAUGUGUGUGAUAGGUGGAGACAUCAAAUGUGCUCUCGGAAGUCUUUGGUCAUCUUGGUGAAAUCGACCAAUAAUCAAGAACAAUGUCCUUGGGAAAGGAGCCUUUUUUGUUGUGCUUUCAAGAUCGCAAAAUUCAGUAGAAUGGAGAUGGUUAUCGAGAUCUACGCAAGGCAGUACAAAGGCUCUGAAUGUUUGUAGAAGUAUCGACUCAAAUUUCUUCAGUGAUGAACGUUUUCGAGCACAUUUCUUGUUUGACAGUAAAUAAAUAGGUUAAUGAGAAA